AUGCCUUCCGCAGAGCCACAGUUUGACCAUAGCAAAGCGUAUGCUGCAAAGGAGGAAGAUGUCUUCUUCGACGAUGGCCGUGAGACGGACCUUCUCCACUUUGUCUACAGCCGCCCGAACAUCGAGGAGAUCCGCGGCAACCCAGAGCUCGUGCUGAAAGCCAUUGAUGAUUUCGGCCGGACCAAGUACCUUAUGAACGUUGGCGAGGACAAGGGCAAGAUCGUGACCGAAUUGAUUAAAGAGGUCAAGCCGCAAACGAUGGUCGAGCUCGGCGGUUACAUCGGCUACUCCUGCCUUCUCUUUGGCGCCGCCGUGAAGCAAGCCGGUGGCCAACGCUAUUACAGCCUAGAGCGCAACCCGGUUUUCGGUGCUGUCAUUCUCUCUUUGGUCGACCUUGCUGGCCUGUCGGACGUUGUGAAGGUAGAGAUUGGAUCGAGUGAAACCUCACUCAAGCGCCUCCACGACUCCGGCAAGGUCAAGAAGAUCGACCUCAUGUUCCUGGACCAUUACAAGCCGGCGUACACCACUGAUCUGAAGCUUUGCGAGGAGCUUGGACUAGUCGGACCAGGCUCAGUGUUGGCCGCAGACAAUGUCAUUCAGCCUGGAAACCCUCCCUAUCUGGAGUAUGUGCGAGCCAGCGUGAGCGAGAAACGGCAAAAGGCCGAGCGGGGAGCUGACGGUGCAAAUGGUGCUGCGCCGGACGCGAGGUUUCAAGACAAGCAGGUCAAGCAGUACGCAAGAAGAGGCGAGUCAGAGGCAUUAGGCGCAAGCAAAGGGAGGCCCGACUUGGUAUACGAGAGCCGGUUGGUGAACAGCUUUGAGCCAACGGGCGAGCCUGACGGUAUCGAGAUCACACGAUGCGUUGGUGUGGAGGGGAAGUAG